UCCAUUAGAAGAGUAGAAAACUUCAGCCAUUUUUUGCUCGUAGAAAAGGAGUUUUCGCGUUUGUGUUGAGACGAAAGGAAGUUUUUGUAUUUCAAAUUAAACAAGGAGAUGUUCAUUAUAGUGUUACUAAUUGGCCAGUGAGUUGAAUUUUGUGUUAGUCGAGCAGACAGCGUGUAGAAUAAGCGUGGAAACUGAGAUUGAAGAAUCAUAUAACUGGACAAUGAGUGAAUAUCACUUGCGUAAAUAAGCAACCCAAUUCGAAAACUCGCAUCAACAAAACAAUCUGAACGCGCUCUAGUGCAAAAUAUUACAAGUUGAAGAAACAAAAUCAAAAUCCAAGAAAUCUGGGCAAAACUAUGAACCUGUGCUCUGCAAUUGGUGCAGGUCAAGGCAGCAGUAGUAGUAACAGUGAUAAUAUGCCCCCCGAGACAGUAGCCAGACCGAAAGUGGUCACGGUGAAACAUCCAGAAUCGAAUAAACCCAAACCCACAGUUAAGAAAUCGAAACCGAUCCAAGCGGAUCAAGAUGUUUUGAAAGCACUGCAAAGAUGUCGCGAUGAAGGCAUAAAAAGACUUGAUCUCAGUAAAUCAUCGAUAACUGUUAUUCCGCCAUCCGUGAAGGAUUGUGUUCAUUUGACUGAAUUUUAUUUAUACAGUAAUAAGAUUGCUUCACUACCACCAGAAAUUGGUUGUUUGACAAACUUAAAAACGCUCGCACUCAAUGAAAACUCACUAACAUCGCUGCCUGACACGCUGGCUAACCUGAAGCAACUGAAAGUGCUUGAUCUUCGGCAUAAUAAACUUGCCGAAAUCCCAGAUGUCAUUUAUAAAUUGAAAUCGCUAACAACGCUCUAUUUACGAUUCAAUCGAAUACCGAGUGUUGCAGAUGAUAUACGAAAUCUUACGAAUUUAACUAUGCUCAGUUUACGUGAAAAUAAGAUACGAGAACUUGGUCCAGCCAUUGGAGCAUUGAUCAAUUUAACGACACUAGAUGUGUCCCAUAACCACUUGGAGCAUUUACCAGAGGAGAUAGGAUGUUGUGCUAAUCUAAGCGCAUUAGAUUUGCAACAUAAUGAGCUUCUCGACAUUCCAGAAAGUAUUGGCAACCUGAAAAAUUUGACGCGGCUAGGUUUAAGAUACAAUCGGCUCACAUCUAUACCAACAUCUUUGAAAAACUGUAAAUACAUGGACGAGUUCAACGUGGAAGGAAAUCAGAUUUCUCAGUUGCCGGAUGGUCUCCUCGCUAGUCUAAAUUCGCUAACAACUAUUACUCUCUCACGAAAUGCUUUUCAUAGCUACCCAUCAGGUGGUCCAGCUCAAUUUACAAAUGUAACGAGCAUCAAUCUUGAACAUAAUCAAAUAGACAAGAUUCCAUAUGGUAUAUUCUCGCGUGCCAAAGGUUUAACUAAAUUGAAUAUGAAAGAAAAUGCUCUAACGUCUUUGCCACUUGAUGUGGGCGCUUGGGUAAAUAUGGUUGAACUAAACUUAGCUACUAAUUCACUGACAAAGUUGCCCGAUGACAUAUUAGCUCUGCAAAAUUUGGAAAUACUGAUCUUGUCUAAUAAUUUGCUCAAAAAAAUUCCAAACACAAUUGGGAAUUUGCGAAAGUUGCGUAUUUUGGACUUGGAAGAAAAUCGUAUUGAAAAUCUACCAAACGAAAUAGGACUUUUACACGAACUCCAAAAGCUCAUAUUACAAACCAAUCAGAUAACAAUUUUGCCUCGAACUAUUGGUCAUUUAACGAAUUUAACGCAUUUAUCGGUGAGCGAAAAUAAUCUGCAGUAUUUGCCAGAAGAGAUUGGAUCCCUUGAAAAUCUGGAGAAUCUUUACAUAAAUCAAAAUCCAUGCCUUGAAAAAUUGCCGUAUGAACUAGCUCUUUGCCAAAAUUUAAAAUAUUUAAACAUCGACAAAUGCCCAUUGAGUUCAAUACCGCAAGAGAUACAGGCGGGAGGUCCCUCGUUAGUUCUGCAGUGGCUAAAAAUGCAUUCUCCAUAUCGACAAAUGUGAUUCUUUUCACAGAACGUAAUCGAGAGUAAAGUCGAUUCUACUGUAUUUAAAGUUAACUUGACGAAAUCGCGUGAUUGUGUUAAGCUAGAAUGUCGAUUUUGUCGUUUCAAAUCCUUUGAAAAACAAUUGAACGUAGUUGAACUCAAUUAGAAGAUAAGUCAUAAGCACAGCAACUAAACAAAAUUAUUCCCAAUGCAAAAGUGAAUAAAAACCUAGGAUAAAACUUAGUAUUUAACUACUUGUAUCUGAACUCCUGGCGUUAUUAAAUGAUGGCAACAUAAGGACAACAGAAACCAUACAAAGAAAAUACAAUAAACAGUAAAAUAGAAGAAAAAAUAUUUAAAAUGAAAUAUAAAAUAUAAAUGUGUGAUUGAAAAUAGCUUUAAAAUCGCUUCUGAUAAAGUUUGUGAAACAAAAAAAAAAUUAAAUAUUUUGACUGUUAUUAUAUUAUCAUAUAAUAUAAUUAGUGGAGACACUUAGGAAACAAAUAGUCUUAUUCCAUGUUAUAACAUAUUUUGCAUUUGAGCGAACAUUGACCACAUUGCGAGAGAGAUCAUCCGGCUUUGUUACGUUGAAUUUCACACAAAAAAUUCAAUGAACAACGCAGAUGAUUUUCCUUAGGCGUCAUUAUAGGAAAAUACUUUUCCCAAUGUUCGAAUUUAUCUGACAAAUAAACAAGUAUCUGUUAGCGUCACGCUUUAUUGAACCCCAAACAUCUAGUCAUUUAUGGAAACGAUAUUUUACGUUUACAAUAUGUAUUGAUUUUUAGUACGAUGAAACCAUAUUCUGUAUUUGCUUUUUUUUAUAUUUAUACUCUUAAGGAAAAAAAUUGUGCUUUUUUUAUAUCAUUACUAUGAAAAGCUAAUUAUGUAUGUGUCUACAGUAUAUAUAAAAUGCUUUUAAAGAAAAGAUGAAUUACAUUAUAAAUAAUGAAUAAAGUAACUAGUAAAAGGAU